UCACAAAAUUUAAUAUUGUAGUUUCAUAUUACGAACAAACAUGUUCAAUGUCCCAGAAAACGUUCAAAAUGGUUCCGAUACAAUGGAACAUCAUUCUACUGAGUUGGAUUUACCGAGCUUUAGGGAUUCAGAAUACGUAGAAAGUCCUUCAAUCACCGUCCAGCCAUACAGCAACGAUGAUGAUAAUACUAACAGAAGGAAUAUUCCAAUAUCAACAUUGGAUUGGCAUAGUACAAAUGAAACCCAAUUCAUCCCUGGAAAUGGUUUCGACUUUUUAAGAGGAGCAGAUCAAGUUUAUAUACAGCAAACUGUGGAACUAAGCGAUUUGCUAUCCAAUGUGGAAUCAGAGAAUAGGUACACGGUAAAAAUCCCGAGAGGAGAAACUCUAUUUUAUGCAACAGAGGAAUCUACAGGAGGCCAGAGAUUAUGUUGCGGAUCAAACAGGGCUUUCAGAAUGAAACUUUAUGAUCAAACACAGCAAGAAGCUCUAAGAUUAGAACGUAGGAUGGCGUGCGGAAUGUGCUCAAUUUGGUGCUAUUUACAUUACAUGCAAGUUUUGAAGCCUAACGGCGAACAAAUUGGUUGGAUUCAGCAGCAAUUUAGCUUAACGGUUCCAAGGUUUCAUAUUUUCAAUAAGCACAAAACUUUGAUAUACAGAGUGGAAGGACCAAUGAGUUUAGGUUGCUUUUCUAUGGGAAAAGAAGCGUAUUUCAAAAUAUAUUCUCCUGAUGGUAUGACACAACUAGGUAGCAUCAACCAUCAUUGGGACCAAGUCCAGAGUGCUUAUAACUUAUGCCUUCAAUUUCCUAACAGAAGAGAGGACUCAAGGCACAAGGCUCUUCUCCUAGGAAUUGCCUUCCUUUUAGAAUACAUGUACUUUAUGAAUGCCAAGAAAUCUGGAUUUUGUAACUUCUGCUGAUAAAAUAAUUCCAUGAUACAGAGUAAUAGCUCUCAUAUUCAAUAAUUAAAAUAAACAUCUUUAAUAAAUGUGUUAUCUAU